UUUUGUGUUUUUUUUUUUUUUUUACAUAAUUCCAAGUGACUCAAACAUUUUGAAGUGAUUAUUUUUGCGCAGAAUAACUUUUAUGCAGCAAAAUAGCUAAUAUUAACAAAAAAUUAUACGAAGUUGUGCAUAUAUACGAAAAGCGAAAAUAACUGGCGCUUCUUUAAAAAAAAAAAAAAAACUGGAUAUUCCUUUUAAACUUCCAUAUGUUUUUAAUCAGCUAUAAAAAGAAGAGAGACGAAUUUAUCGAUCGUGAGACGGGUCUAGCGAAUCCGGCGCUCGUAUAUGAUGAGCUAGACUAUCCACAUCUCUACUCACAAUUCGAUGGUGGCGGCGCCAUAUUAACGACCAGCGAAAUGAAUCACCAGCAGCAAGCACAACAAUCACCCGCGUAUAUAGUAGCAGAUGCCAACGAUAGCAUCGAUGGUGACAGCCCGCCAGAAGAAUUAGAUCAGGAGGAAGGCGAGGAGAAAGGUACACGUUGUGUGCCGGAUUUUCAAUUCUCACUCGUCGAAUCGGAAUAUGACGAAACGCUGGCGUUUCCCGAUUCCGUGACAAUAUUAUCAAAUGUGGGCGACAAACCGGUGUUGGUGCAACGCAAAGACACCGAUGACGAUGAUGACGAGGAGGAGGGCGCUGGCGCGGCGCCUGGUCAGCUGGCGGAAAUACCAUACACCUCGAUAUAUGGGCCGAGUGUGAAAUUUAACUCGUUUCAACGUAAAGUCUUCAUACCCGGCGCGGAGAUACAGGUGCGCAUAAUCGAAAAUGAGCGCAGUGUAACGACGCAUUUGUUGAACCCUAAUUUGUAUACCAUCGAACUGACGCAUGGACCCUACGUGUGGACUAUUAAGCGACGCUAUAAACACUUCAAUUCAUUGCACCAGCAGCUGAGCUUCUUUCGUACCUCGCUAAAUAUACCCUUUCCGAUGCGUAGUCACAAGGAGAAGCGUGCGACUAUCAAGAAGGCAGCCAUACAAAUGGCCGACGAGGCGCGGCUGAAAUCAAUGCAUCAGACGCAGACUCAAACAACAAUUUGUGAGACCACAUACAAAGUGCAGUGCAAUGGUGAUGCCGCUGUGUGUAAUGCGGUGGCUGUGGCGAGCACGAGCAACAGUCCUUUGGCGCAGCUGGGCAUUAUGGGUCGGAAGAAGAAGAAGAAACGAAAAUUGCCGCGAUUUCCCAAUCGUCCCGAGUCCCUCAUCACCGUGGAGGCACUGCCCAUGCGCAUAAAGCAGUUGGAGGACUAUCUGUACAACUUGCUGAACAUCAGCUUGUAUCGGAACCACCACGAAACGCUGAAUUUCGUCGAAGUGUCUAAUGUGUCCUUCGUCACGGACUUGGGCAUCAAAGGCAAGGAGGGCGCUAUAAUGAAGCGUACAGGCUCUACCCGUCCUGGUCAGGCGGGUUGCAAUUUCUUUGGUUGUUUUCAGCAGAAGUGCUGUGUGCGCUGCAGUUUCUUCUGCUCGGAUGUGCUCUACGGCAAGUGGCGCAAUCGCUGGUUCUUCGUUAAGGAGACCUGCUUCGGCUACAUACGUCCCACCGACGGAGUUAUUAGAUCUGUGAUAUUAUUCGAUCAGGGUUUCGAUGUGUCCACCGGCAUCUAUCAGACUGGAAUGCGUAAAGGUCUGCAGGUGCUUACAAACAAUCGUCAUAUUAUACUUAAGUGUUGGACACGUCGAAAGUGCAAAGAGUGGAUGCAAUAUCUCAAGAAGACCGCUAAUACGUACGCACGCGACUUUACCUAUCCGAAUCCGCAUAUGUCUUACGCGCCUGUGCGUUCGGGCAUACAAGCGAGUUGGCACGUUGACGGCUCUGCUUAUAUGGGCGCGAUAGCGAAUGCGCUCGAAGAGGCGAAAGAGGAAAUCUUCAUAGCCGAUUGGUGGUUAAGUCCGGAAAUUUAUAUGAAACGUCCGGCAGUGGAUGGCGAUUACUGGCGGUUGGAUAAGAUACUACAUCGUAGAGCGUCGCAAGGCAUUAAGAUAUUCGUGCUGCUUUAUAAGGAGGUCGAAAUGGCUUUGGGUAUUAACAGUUAUUACAGCAAACAGAGGCUGUCACAUGAAAAUAUCAAGGUACUGCGUCACCCAGACCAUGCGCGCGCUGGUGUCUUCUUUUGGGCUCACCACGAAAAGAUUGUUGUGGUGGAUCAGACUUACGCUUUUAUCGGCGGUCUCGAUCUCUGCUAUGGUCGCUGGGAUGACUACCGCCACCGGCUGACAGACCUCGGCAGCAUCUCCACCGCUUCGGCGUCGGGUAGCACGCGCCGUUUAGGUGGAUUCUUUAGCAAGGAUGACACUGACUCUGCGUUUGGCUCACGUAAGUCCUCACGCAAGGACAAUACCAAUCUGAACAUCGAUUUGCAGCAGAAGGAACAGCUUAGCGCAAGCUUUGCUGAAGCACAAUUCGAAGAAGUUGAACUGCGUACGCUCUCACCGGGUGAGAAGCUCGUUAUACCUGAAUUGCUUUCGCCCAGCGGCGGCGAACCGAUCGCAUUGGAGGGCAUGAAACUGAACACGCCCGAAAUGGAGCGCAAGAAUGUCUUGGAGAAAAUAACCACCACUGCGAUGCGUCGCGGUAAAGAUCUAGUGAGUAGGCUAACAAUGACUGAGCAGGAGCGUGCAGCGGCGGGCGAUAAAUCACCCGAUGUACUGAAAGAUCCUAAACAGCUGGUCUUCACCAUAGACGAAGUGGAAAAGGGUCGUUUGGGUGGGCUGGAAGAUCCCACGCCCUUCCAAACGCAAAUUCUCAACGAUUACUAUGGCCAAGCUAAGUACUGGUUUGGCAAGGACUACUCCAAUUUCAUACUCAAAGAUUGGAUGAAUUUGGAUGCACCACUUGUUGACAUAAUCGAUCGCUCAACAACACCACGUAUGCCUUGGCAUGAUGUGGGCGUGUGUUUGGUGGGCGCGGCGGCGCGUGACGUUGCGCGUCAUUUCAUACAGCGCUGGAAUGCUGUGAAGCUAGAGAAAAUGCGCGACAAUCCGAACUUUCCCUACCUCAUGCCAAAGAGUUAUCAAAACAUCAAGCUGAAUCCGAAUAUUACGCUAAAGCGUCAGAACCGCGUGUCAUGUCAGCUACUGCGUAGCGCGUCCUCUUGGAGCUGCGGCUUCAUCGAGCAGGAUUUGGUAGAGCAAAGCAUACACGACGCCUACAUACAGACCAUAACAAAGGCGCAGCACUUCAUCUACAUCGAAAACCAGUUCUUCAUCACCAUGCAGCUGGGUGCGACCGGCGCUUAUGGCAAUGUGCGGAAUCAGAUCGGCGAGACGCUGUUCAAGCGCAUUGUUAGAGCAUAUAAGGAGCGCAAAACUUUCCGCGUGUUUGUAAUCAUACCUCUAUUGCCCGGCUUCGAGGGUGAUGUGGGCGGCAGCACUGGUAUUGCGGUACGCGCCAUCACGCAUUGGAACUACGCGUCGAUAUCACGUGGCCGCACUGCAAUACUCACACGCUUGCAAGAGAUCGGUAUAAAAGAUCCCGGCGAGUAUAUCUCCUUCCAUAGCCUGCGCACGCACUCACAACUCAACAAUACGCCCAUUACCGAACUCAUCUACGUGCACUCCAAACUGCUGAUCGCCGACGAUCGUGUAGUGAUUUGUGGCUCGGCGAAUAUCAAUGAUCGCUCCAUGAUCGGCAAGCGCGAUUCAGAAAUUGCGGCGAUUAUUACCGAUGAUGAGUUCGAAGAUGGACGCAUGAAUGGCAAAAAGUAUCCAAGCGGCGUGUUUGCUGGCAGAUUGCGUAAAUUCCUCUUUAAAGAACAUUUGGGUCUGCUCGACCCCGAUGCGGAACGCAUGCCGAUCGAUGUUACCGAUCCGGUAAUAGAUCAGUUCUGGAAUGGCAUGUGGCGUCGCACAUCGACGCGCAAUACUGAGAUUUAUGAGGAGGUGUUCAAGUGUCUGCCAACUGAUAAGGUGAAGUCAUAUGUGGAUUUGAGGAAAUAUCAGGAAGAGCCGCCGCUAUGCAAAUCAGAUCCGGAAAUGGCAAUGAAGCGUGUGACAAACAUACAGGGUUUUCUAGUCAACCUACCCUUGGACUUCCUCAACAAAGAGGUUCUAACUCCGCCGGGCGCCAGUAAAGAAGGCCUCAUUCCAACCGCCGUGUGGACAUAGUGUCCAGUACAACCUUGCAUUUACACUGUUAUAUAUGCUAAAAUAUAUUUAUUAUUACUAUUAUUAAAUUGUCUUAAGGAGGGUGUAAUAUACGGAAAGAGUUUAAAGUGCUUUAUUAGCUUCUAAGCAGAGUCUAAGGUUCUGUUUGUUUAAGCUAGCUUGUAGCCAUACAAUUGUAUAUUACGUCAGAUAUAUUUUCGACAGUAUUUUAGUUUCGGUUGAAAUUUUACAAAAGUCUAUUCCAUUGUAGUUUACUUGUCAUAGGUAUUAAUAAAAUAUUUUAACGAUA